CACCCGGAGGACGGCCACCGAGCCCUCCCCGCGCCCGCCCUCCCCGGGGUCUCGGGCUCCUUCCCCUUUUUUUGAGAGCUGCGUCACAGGCACGCCGCGCCCCGGCGGCCGCCGCACGCACGUCUCGGGCCGCGGCGCGCUCGCCCAGGUCACUUUGACACGGCUCUCCCCUCCCACUCGCCGGCAAUUAGCAUAUUAAUAAAGGCCGGCCCAGCCCGGCGGGGCCCGGCGAGCGGGGGCGCGGGCGGGGGCGCGCGGCGGCGGCGGGAGCGCACGGACACGCACACGCGCACACGCGGACACACACUCGGGGGACGCACCCCCGCGCGCGCACACGCGCAGGCCGCUCGCCUUCCUGCCCCGCUUCCUUCCUGUCUGCUCGGCGCCUGACAGGCCGCUCGCUGCAGCCGGGGGCCGUGCGCACCGGGCCGAGGCCGGGCCGGGCCGGGCCGGCGCCGAGGGCAGUGGGGGCCGCGGGCGGCGGCGGCGGCUCAUGCCCGGCCUGUCCCCGCGCGGGGCGGGCACCGUGACUCGGCUGGGCCCCCGGCGGCGGGCGAUGUGAAGAUGUCAGUGGGCUGUGCCUGUCCUGGUUGUUCCUCAAAGUCAUUCAAGCUGUACUCGCCGAAGGAGCCCCCGAACGGCAACGCCUUCCCCCCCUUCCAUCCCGGCACCAUGCUAGAUCGGGAUGUGGGCCCGACUCCCAUGUACCCGCCUGCAUACCUGGAGCCUGGGAUCGGGAGGCAUACACCGUACGGCAACCAAACCGACUACAGAAUAUUCGAGCUUAACAAGCGGCUUCAGAACUGGACAGAGGAAUGUGACAAUCUCUGGUGGGAUGCUUUCACAACGGAGUUCUUCGAGGAUGACGCCAUGUUAACCAUCACUUUCUGCCUGGAGGAUGGACCAAAGAGAUAUACCAUUGGACGGACCCUGAUUCCACGCUACUUCCGAAGCAUCUUUGAGGGGGGUGCUACGGAGCUGUACUACGUACUCAAGCACCCCAAGGAGGCAUUCCACAGCAAUUUUGUGUCCCUCGACUGUGACCAGGGCAGCAUGGUGACCCAGCACGGCAAACCCAUGUUCACCCAGGUGUGUGUAGAGGGCCGGUUGUACCUGGAGUUCAUGUUCGACGACAUGAUGCGGAUAAAGACGUGGCACUUCAGCAUCCGGCAGCACCGAGAGCUCAUCCCCCGAAGCAUCCUUGCCAUGCAUGCCCAGGACCCUCAGAUGUUGGAUCAACUUUCCAAAAACAUUACCCGGUGUGGGCUGUCCAAUUCCACUCUCAACUACCUCCGACUCUGUGUGAUACUCGAGCCCAUGCAGGAGCUCAUGUCCCGCCACAAGACCUACAGCCUCAGCCCCCGUGACUGCCUCAAGACCUGCCUUUUCCAGAAGUGGCAGCGCAUGGUUGCGCCCCCCGCGGAGCCUGCACGCCAGCAACCCAGCAAACGGCGGAAACGGAAGAUGUCAGGGGGCAGCACCAUGAGCUCGGGGGGUGGCAACACCAACAACAGCAACAGUAAGAAGAAAAGCCCAGCCAGCACCUUCGCCCUCUCCAGCCAGGUACCUGAUGUGAUGGUGGUGGGGGAGCCCACCCUGAUGGGCGGGGAGUUCGGGGACGAGGACGAGAGGCUCAUCACCCGGCUGGAGAACACCCAGUUUGACGCGGCCAACGGCAUCGACGACGAGGACAGCUUUAACAACUCCCCCGCCCUGGGCGCCAACAGCCCCUGGAACAGCAAGCCCCCGUCCAGCCAGGAAAGCAAAUCGGAGAACCCCACGUCCCAGGCCUCCCAGUGAAGGCCUCACCGCGGCCGCCCAGCGCUCUGCCUGCCUGCCCCACCCCUCGCAGCCCCGGGGAGCAGAAGACGGAAUGACGAGACUGAGCGUCCGCCUGAAGUGGGCAGCCUCCACCCACCAGCUUCAGGGAGGAACUGGACUCGCUGGGGCCAGGGGGCAGCGUUUGCUCCCUCCGUGGGCCCUGGGCUGGGCCUGGCCUCUGCAGAGCCUUUUGGGGGAAGGGGGUUCUCACGUGGAUGCCUCUGUGGACCCUGGGCCUCUAGAAAUGUCCUCCCCCUCCCCCCCCAGGGCACUUGCCUCCAUCCUCACCCCAGAUCCUGGGUUCCCCUUCUCCUGACUCCACCCCUCAUAAGCCCGGGGUUGUCGAUACCCACAGCCCGUAGGACUGAAAGGUCUGGGGCUUGGUCGAGUGCCCCUACCCCAACCCUUCCCUAGGUGGGUGGUAGUAGAGGGGCAACGUCCUGGGUUCCUCCCAUCUGUCACCUAUCCCAGCCCCCCUUUUUAAAAAAAAUAAUAUUAUUAAAAAUGUAAGUUUAAAAAAAAAAGUCACUCAUGUACCCCCUGUCCCCCUUAUUAAAAGUCCAGCUACCUCCCUACUUCUGGCAGAUGGUGGGGGGCCAAGGGCCGGAUGGAGCACGGGGCCAGGACAGGGUCAUCCCAUGUUAUAUGGUGUUUGAGAGCUUCGGGCCAAGGAGACGCUCGGCCAUCUCUUCCUCUGGGGUGACUGGAGUUGGGGGUGACUGGCCAUGGGGUGGGGACUUUGCCAGCCUGGCCUUGUGACAGCCCCCUGCUGUUGUCUCUGUCCCCCCUCCUUCCAUGAUUCUGGCCUGCCCUCGGCUCCUUUCCCCCCCGCGGUGUGUACCCUUCACUACAGCAGCUGUCCUGGAGGGCAGCCGCUGGGAAGGGGCUCCCAGUCCUGUUUCCUGUGUUGUCUCAGUCAGUCAGCCAUGGGCAGAGGAGGAACCCGUCCUCCCUCCAUGCCCGGCUCCAGUUAGUCCAGCUGCCCAUCUAGGCCCUCCCUGCCCUCCCCCACCACCGAGAGGCCCACUAGGGUGUCCCAGCUCUCAGCCCACCGGGGAGCCGGAGGUCUCUGUGCCCCCCCCCAGCUGAAUUAGUCUCUUCAUGUCCCAAUAUUCCCUCCCUGCCUUUCUCCAGGAAGGGAGGGGCUAUCAGGAUCCCCCUUUCUCAGCUGGACUUGUGGGGGCCCAGGCCAGCCACCGCAGGAUCCAAGGAGUCCUGCUCUGCAGCUUGGCUGCCUUUACUGUGGCCAGUUCAGAAGUGAUCAGGCCACCUCUCUCCCCCUUUCCUCCUGGAAUCUGGGGUUUCCUCCCCCUGCCCCCCACCCCUGUGCCACCACUCCAGCUGCCAUGGUUGGAAGGGGGGGGUGCCAGGAGUUGAGGGGAGGGGUGGGAAGAUGGAUGGCCCACCCCAAUUGUAAUGCUUUUUUUUUUCUUUUUUCCUUUUUUCUUUUUCUUUUUUGGCGGGGGGGGGGGGUGCCAUUUGAGUCAUGUAUGGUACCAAUCAAUAAAGAGACUUUUUGGUUUGA